AUGUCCGCUGCCAGGGACGGCGUUUCACGAUCCCCAGGCAGAGCAUCAUCUUUACCCUCUCCCGCCAUCCUCAUCAUCGUGACCAUCGUCUUCGCAGUGACAAUGGUUUACUGGAAGGCCCUCUUGUACGCAGGGCUUGCCUCUGCCGCGGCCCUCUUCCACAGAGACGACGCGGUUGCAGGCUCCGUGGAUUCAUGCCCGGGCUACAAGGCCUCCAAUGUUCGCGUCUCGCCCACCGGCGUCACGGCUGACCUGACGCUGGCCGGUGCAGCUUGCAAUGUGUACGGGACUGAUCUGAAGAAUCUGAUUCUUCAAGUCACAUACCAGACUGAGGACCGCCUGCACGUCCUCAUCCAGGACAAGGACAACCAGGUCUACCAAGUCCCCGAAUCUGUCUUCCCCCGCCCCGGCGGCUCCGUCUGGUCCCAGGCGAGCAACCUCAAAUUCAGCUACACGGCGAACCCUUUCUCAUUCAAAGUCACCCGCGCCAAAACUGGUGAGGUCCUCUUUGACUCCUCGGCCGCCUCUCUCGUCUUCGAGUCUCAGUACCUCCGCCUCCGGACAAGCCUGCCCGCGAACCCCAACCUGUACGGCUUGGGCGAGCAUUCUGACCCUCUUCGCCUCAAGACGUCCAACUACAUCCGCACGAUGUGGAACCAGGACAGCUAUGGCAUUCCCAGCAAUGCCAAUCUCUACGGAACGCACCCCUUCUACCUGGAGCACCGUGCUACGGGCUCUCAUGGUGUCUUCUUCCUCAACUCCAACGGCAUGGACAUCAUGAUCAACCAGGACGCUUCCGGCAACCAGUAUCUUGAAUACAACACCAUCGGUGGCGUGUUCGACUUUUACUUUGUUGCUGGGCCUACUCCCGUAGCAGCAGUGCAGCAAUAUGGUGAAUUUGCUGGCUUCCCAACCAUGCAGCCAUACUGGGGUCUCGGUUUCCACCAGUGCAGAUAUGGAUACCAAGAUGCCUACAACGUCGCCGAAGUUGUUCAAAACUACAGCUUGGCGGGCAUUCCCCUUGAGACCAUGUGGACGGACAUUGAUUACAUGGACCGCCGCCGCGUCUUUACCGUCGACCCAGACCGUUUCCCCAUGCCCAUGAUGCGUGAGCUCGUUGACCACCUGCACGCAAACGACCAGCACUACGUUGUCAUGGUCGACCCAGCCGUCGCCUAUCAAGACUACCCGCCUGCUAACCAGGGCCUCCAGGACGACGUGUUCCUGCUGAGGGCUAACGGCUCCGUCUGGAUCGGCGUUGUCUGGCCUGGUGUUACCGUCUUCCCCGAUUGGUUCUCCGCCAACGCCCAGUCGUACUGGAACGGCCAGUUCCAGACCUUUUUCAACGCCGAGACAGGCUUGGACAUUGACGCUCUGUGGAUCGACAUGAACGAGCCCAGCAACUUCCCGUGCAACUUCCCCUGUGCCGACCCGUACGCCGCCGCCCGCGAUAGCCAAGUUCAGCCUCUCCAAAUCAACACCGGCAGCGGCAGUCUGCCCGUCGUCAACGCGGCUGCGAGCAAUGGAAACAGUGCAAGCAACCAUGGAAAGGGUAAUCAGAAGGGUCUUCCCGGCCGUGAUCUGCUGUACCCCAAGUACGCCAUCCACAACAAGGCCGCCUUCCAGGACUCGUGGAACUCUGACAAGGGUGGCAUCUCCAACCACACCGUCAACACCGACCUGAUCCACCAGAACGGCCUGGCCAUGUACGACACCCACAACCUCUACGGCACCAUGAUGUCGACGGCCUCGCACGACGCUAUGCUGUCUCGCCGACCGGGUCUCCGCCCCUUGGUUAUCACGCGUAGCACCUUUGCCGGCGCGGGCUCCAAGGUCGGUCACUGGCUGGGAGACAACAUGUCGCAGUGGAGCUACUACACCGUGUCCAUCCGCACCAUGCUGGCCUUUACCUCCUUCUUCCAGUUCGGCUUCGUGGGCUCGGACGUCUGCGGCUUUGGCGGCAACACCAACGAGGAGCUCUGUGCUCGCUGGGCUUCUCUGGGCGCCUUCAACACCUUCUACCGCAACCACAACGACUUUGGUAACAUUGGCCAGGAGUUCUACCGCUGGCCCUCAGUCGCCAGCAGCGCCAAGAAGGCCAUUGACAUUCGCUACCGCCUGCUGGACUACAUCUACACUGCCCUGUACCGCCAGCACACCGACGGCACGCCGGCCGUGAGCCCCAUGUUCUUCCACUACCCGAACGACGCGGCCACCUUUGCCCUCGAGCUGCAGUACUUCUUCGGCCCCGGCAUCAUCGUCGCCCCCGUCACGCAGCAAGGGUCUACCAGCGUCAGCGUCUAUCUCCCCGACGACAUCUUCUACGACUGGUACACCCACGCGCGCAUCGACGGCGGCGCCACCAACCACCUCAUCAGCAACGUCGACAUCACGUCCAUCCCGCUCUUCAUCCGCGGCGGUACUAUCCUGCCCCUGCGUGUCAAGUCCACCAACACCACCACCGAGCUCCGCAAGCAGAACUUUGAGCUUCAAAUCGCCCUCGACGCUUCAGGAUCCGCGACAGGUGAGCUGUACCUCGAUGACGGCGUCUCCAUCAACCAGAAGGCCACCACCCACGUUACCUUUACCUACAAGAAGGGCCUCUUCAUCCUGGGCGGCCAGUUUAGCCUGCGGGUGCCAUUUGUCAUUUCCAAGGUCACCAUCAUCGGCGGUAAGACCGCCUCGGCCAAGUCUAGCUCUGGAAGCGCAAACAGCCAGACUUUCAACGUCAACCUGCCGUUUAGCGGCCCUGCAUCUGUCAGAAUCGGUUAG